GGUUGGUGCGCGGCUGGAGGGCGCGGCGCUGGCGGCGCCGAUGGAUGGGCAGGGCCGGCCGGGCCAGGCCCUGGCCGUGCUGCUGUGCCUGGGCAUGACAGCGGCGCUGGCCCUGGGCUGUCUGCACUGCGACCCCAAUUUCUCGGAGAAGUUCUCCUUCUAUCGCCACCACCUGAACCUCAAGUCCUGGUGGGUGGGUGACAUCCCUGUGUCAGGGGUGCUGCUCUCCGAGUGGAGCCAGAACACGAUGAAGGAGCUACACCUGGCCAUCCCCGCUGAGAUCACCCACCAGAAGCUGGAGCAAGUGGCAGGAGCCGUGUACCAGAAGAUGGACCAGCUGUACCAGGGGAAGAUGUACUUCCCAGGGUAUUUUCCCAAUGAGCUGCGGGCCAUCUUCCGGGAGCAAGUGCGCCUCAUCCAGAACGCCAUCAUAGAGAGCCGCAUCGACUGUCAGCGUCACUGUGGCAUCUACCAGUAUGAGACCAUCUCCUGCAUCAACUGCACAGACUCACACAUCGUCUGCUUUGGCUACUACUGCAAGACAUCGGCACAGUGGAGGUCAGCUGUACAGGGCCUUCUGAGUUACAUACAUACCUGGCACAAACAGGAUGUAGGCACCAGAAUCAUCCCAGCCUUCCUUUCACAUACCAUAAAGUGUCUGGAACCACAGCACCUGAUCCACCUGACCUUGGAGAAUGCCUCUGAGUGUCUGACCCAGCACUGACAGAGGCUGCCCGCCUGCAGCCGAGAGGGGGCUCAACUACACUGUUGCAGACUGUUCCUCUGGGAGAGGCUUUCCACUGCCUGCCUUGGAUGGGUCACCUCCCCCCACUCCCAUGGAGCCCAGGCUGGGCCGCCGGGGCAGGGGAGGGCAAGGAGAAGGGCUCGUGUAUAGAUAGUGGCCCCCCUACCCCCUGCAGGACCCUCAGGGAUAUUUUGAUUAAAGUGCCCUGACAUUUCUCAUGAA